AUGUCAAAAUUGACAAGUAAUCAACGUAACCAACGUCAUUAUGCUUCAAUAAUUCAAUUACCUUUUCAUCCACAUUACGUCCCUCCUGGUCAAAAACCCGUUCUUAGACAAAAACCGACAACAGGAAGGAAAAAAAUUUUAAAAACUUCAUAUAUUAUUCCUUCUUGGACUUUAGGAGUAUCAAAAAAUAAUAACCCAUUCCCCAAAUAUCCGACCGGAGAAUUGAAACAAAAUAAUUCAAUAUUAAUAGGGAUCGUACCUUCUAUUGAUAGAAUUCAACCAUCCGGAAAAGCGUCGUCUAGAGAAAACAAACACAACCGACGAGACGGAGAAAAGAUUCCAAUAUUAUUUAGACUUUCGACGAUAUAUUUUGUUAUGGCUUUUGUUUUUCGACAUUUCAGUCUUCGUAAAAAGGACAAAGAUUAUAAAAUCAUUCCUAAUUACAAUUAUUGA